AUGGCGCCUUCUCCCUCGAGCCAACCGACCUUAUCGGUUGUCCCUCUGCUUACUGCCGAGGAAUUUGAAACCGCCUGUCACGCCUUUUUAGAUCGCGUUCACGUGGCGGGCGAUACGAAGGUGGGAUGGUCGUGGAUCCGACUCGAUCAACGGGCAACGGGUCCGAUUUUGAGCAUUUCAAGGGAGGUUGGUCAUGUGAGCACCCUCCAUACUAGUAGCGAUGAAUCCAUGCCGGACCCGGAGAUGAAUCAAGUACUACAGUGGGGGGCCUCAGAAGAAGACCCCGAAGCUCUCAUCCGUGCGCCCGGGCCCAGCGUCUCUUUACAGGUAGUUUAUGAUGUUCUCCUUUCCCCCACGUACCAAGUCCCGGUCUUGUAUUUCCAGUUACGGCAGGACAGCUAUCCGGGGCCGCUGGGGAUCGACGCGGUCUACCAAUACCUGGUACCGGACCAGUACAGAAAGGAACUUCAAAGCGUUGGCAUCAUGGGUGGUAUUAGUUUCGGCUAUCACCCAGACUCUGGAACUCCAGCGUUUUUCGUCCAUCCAUGCCAUACAAUGGAUGCUAUGAGGCAUAUCGCAGGACAACGCCGCCUCACCCCCGAGGCUUAUCUCAUAAUCUGGCUCGGGUUGGUGGGUAAUCGUCUCGGUCUUCAGCUGCCAAAGGAACUCUUCACAAAGGAGGGCAUGGAGAUAUUCCAAGGCACCAUGUGA